ACAAGACGAAAACAAGGAAAGUGAUGACUUGUUGGGUUUAAUGGACUGUGAGUCUGGUCAGCAGAUGUCUGUUCAUGUGUGAUGAAUCUCUUCAUUUGUCUGUAUGUGCACAUAUAAAACACCAUGAGGAACAGACAGAGGUGGGGUUUUUUUUCCAGUGUCGUCCUCCAGCAUUCAUGUGUGUCCUAAAGAAAACAGAGGUUGUCCUGCAGAGGAUGGUGCCAUGUCAGAGGUUCACACUGUCGACGCUGUUUUAUUUGGGUUACUGGUCUUUUCUGGUAUUCUGGGAAACAUGUUGGUCAUCCAUGUGGUGUUCCAGUCUUCGUUUGAGAGUCCUUCUCGAAGACUCCCCCUCUCCGAUACCAUUUUAGUUCACCUGUCUCUAGCCAACCUGCUAACUUCACUCUUCCGCACGCUGCCAAUCUUCAUCUCAGACCUYGGUCUGGAUGUGUCUCUGUCUCCGGGAUGGUGCAGGGUCUUCAUGCUGCUGUGGAUGUGGAGCCGAGCCGUGGGCUGCUGGAUGACUCUAACGCUCAGCGUCUUCCACCUWACGACCCUGAGGCGGCAGCGUGUGACGUUUGGACCUCUCACGCUGCAGAGGGAGAGGCGGCGGGUGUGGAUAGUUAUGGGACUGGUUUGGGGAGCCAACCUGGCCUUUUCUGCCCCCGCGCUGGUAUACACCUCUCACGUUCGAGGCAACGCCACCGUAGAGCUGAUGGUGAUAAGRUGCACCAUUCGGCCUCUGUUAGGCUGUGUGUGGAAGUUCCCCUCCAUCCAGGAGGGCUCGGCCUUUGCCUCCACUUCACUCGCUGUCAAUGAGGUUCUGCCUCUGAUGCUGAUGGUUUUCACUAACCUGGGCACCCUUCAGGCUCUGAUCAAGCACAUCCGAGCGGUGACCUCGGGGACAGAGUUAGGGGGAAGUCAGGGGGAGCUGGACAAACAUGUGUCCUCUGAGCGUAAGGCGGCUCAUGUGAUCAUGGCACUGGUGACGCUCUUUGUGGUCUGCUGGGUCCUGCAGGUUGCUGCAGUGACAUACUACAACUACGACAGGGGGCGCCACGCCCACGGGCUGCUAACUGUGGCCCAUUUCUCUGCCUCGCUGUUUGUAGGAUUCAGUCCCCUGGUGGUAGCUCUGGGACACGGGAAGCUGAGGAGGAAAAUCAAGGGUAUGAUUCAGGUGUGGACUAAAGGUUUGCAAUGUUACACUGAGGAGUGUGGMGACAGGAGCAAAUCCACAAAGACUGAAAGGAAGUCAACGGGUUCUGUUGUCAAAAGAGAGGUGGGGGUUAUAACAGUGGAGGGAAAAGUUCAAUGAAACAGCUGAUGCUUCAGUAAAGAAAAGGUUUAAAUGUUAAAACACAUAUUUCUUCAGAGAUCAGAUAAGAAUAAGUA